AUGUUGGAUGGUUUCUUGAUAUCAAAUGAAAUUGUGAAUCAUGCCAAAAAGAAGAAAAUAAAAAUGUUUCUCUUCAAGGUGGAUUUUGAAAAGGCCUAUGAUUCGGUUAACUGGAAUUUUCUCUUUCAUACUAUGAAGCAAAUGGGGUUCGGAGAGAAAUGGAUCAAUUGGAUUAGAGUUUGCUUGAAAUCUGCUUCUACGUCCAUUUUGAUAAAUGGAACGCCUUUCGAUGAGUUUCACAUGCAAAGGGGACUAAGGCAAGGAGAUCCUCUUACUCUGUUUCUUUUUUUGCUUCUAGGGGAAGUCUUACAGCUCAUGAUCAGAUCUGCUUGCAACCAGGGGCUGUUUAAGGGCAUCCGGCUUGCAAAGUCUAAUUGGAAUCUUUUUCUCCUUCAAUUUGCAGAUGACGCUUUAAUUUUCGGUAAAUGGUCGCGUAAGAAUUUAGUAACUCUUACUAAUAUUCUUAAUUGCUUUCAUGAAGUUUCAGGACUGCGGAUAAAUUUAUCUAAAUGCAAUCUUUUUGGUAUUGGAGUUUCGGAGGCGGAGGUCAACAAUAUGGCAGCAAAAUGGGUCUGGAGGUUCCUGUCUAGUUCUAAUGCAAUAUGGAAGGAUGUAAUUUCUGAAUUUUAUGGCGAGGGUGGUGGUCUCUUUUCUAAUAGGCCUUUAGCUGGAAAUAGUGUAUGGGUUUCUAUUGUCAACACUUGCAGGAAUGUGAAAGUGGCAGGUCAGAAUGUAAUUCACUCGUUUACGAAACAGAUUGCUAAAGAGUCUAACUCUCUCUUUUGGAAAGAUGCAAGCAUUGGUCAAGGGUCAAAGCUGAAAGAUCUAUUCCCUAGACUUUAUGCUUUGGAAAGGGAUGAAAAUGCCGUCUUCAAAGAUAGAUGGACCUAUAUUAAUGGUUCUUGGUGUGGUGCUUGGGACUGGAAAACAACGAUUAGAGGAAGAUGCUUAGAUGAUCUCCUAGCUUUAGAAAGGCAACUCUCUCAAACGCCUUUUAAUACUUCGGGCGAGGAUGUGUGGUCUUGGAAUUGGAACAAGAAAGGGAUUUUCUCGAUCAACCACAUGUCAAAGUUAAUCCAAGGGGUAGUUGAUUCGAAUGGUGGAAGCAAUGAAACGUGUUUUUGGAGCCCUUUAAUUCCGAAGAAGGUAAACAUUUUCACUUGGCGUUUCCUUAAAGAGGCUAUUCCCGUAAGGUUUAAUCUUUCAAAGAGAGGGAUUCAUUACAGUCUUUGGAGUGCAUCAUGUGUGAGAAAGGUGUUGAAACAAUGGAUCAUUGUUUCUUUUCUUGUUCGGUGGCAAGCAUUCUUUGGAGAAAAAUUUGGGCCUGGUGGGAUCUUAAAGCUCCACGUCUUUCAUCGGUGGCUGAUUUUAAAAUGCUAA